AUGGUUUAUACUUCCAUCCCAGCAUAUAUUGAUCCAGCCAACUGGCAGCAACAGCAACCAAAUCACCAGCAGCAAGGCAACAACACUGCUGCCAGCUCCCACCUUAUUCUUCCACCACCUAUACAACCGCCGCCGCCUCCGCCGUCACAACCUCAUGGACUCGGCGGUUCGAUGGGUAGUGCUACUGCCGGGUCCAUCAGGCCAGGUUCGAUGGCGGAUAGGGCCAGGAUGGCCAACAUACCCAUGCAGGAAGCUCCACAAAAGUGUCCAAGAUGUGACUCCACCAAUACAAAGUUUUGCUACUUCAACAACUACAGCCUCUCUCAGCCCCGCCACUUCUGCAAGGCCUGCAGAAGGUACUGGACUCGUGGCGGGGCCUUGAGGAACGUCCCUGUUGGCGGCGGCUGCAGGAGGAAUAAGAGGAGCAGAGGAAGCUCCGGCAGCAGCGCCAGGUCUCCGGCAAACUCCGAUCGCCAAACGGCGAGUGCUGGCUCCGCUUCCACAACCAGUGGCUCUUCUUCUGCUGACAUGGUGGCAGGCCUUGGCGGCACCGGAGUGCCUUCGUCUCUUAGAUUCAUGGCUCCAUUGCAUCAUCUUGGCGAUCACCACCUUGGUGGUGGUGGUGGAGGAGAAAUAGGGUUAAACUAUGGCUUGAACUAUGGCGCAAUUUCAGGUCCAAUGGGAGGGAUAGGGGACUUGAAUUUCCACAUAGGAAGCGCUUUGAAUGUUGGUGGUUCUGUGUUGUCUGGUUUGGACCAAUGGAGGAUGCCACAAACUCACCAAUUUCCCUUCUUGUCUGGUUUGGAUGCUUCCUCAUCACAUGGGUUGUACCCAUUUGAUGGUGCUAGUGGCAGUGACGGCUAUGGUGGCAAUCCCAUCAAGGUUUCAACUUCUGGGUUGAUGUCUCAGCUUGCUUCUGUGAAAAUGGAAGAUAAUAAUCAGGAGCUUGGUAUGCCUAGACAGUUCUUGGGUGUUAAUAAUAACCCUAAUACAAAUGAGCAAUAUUGGAGUGGUGGUGGUGGUGGUGCCACUUCUGCUUGGACUGAUCUUUCUGCUUUUAGCUCUUCUUCCACUACUAGUAACCCACUAUAG